UUCCCGCGGGGCGUGGCCGUCAAAGAGCUGGACGCCGCGCCUGGCUGGGCGGGUGGGUCAGCCGCGUAGCGGGCGGCGUGGACGCGGCCGCGCAGCGGCUCCUUUAAGGCUCGGGCACCACCCCCGCCGCCCCGCCUCCCGCGCGGCCUGGGUCUAGUUGGCGGUGGGGUCGGGUCCGCGCGAGCCGCGAUGGAGCUGCACAUCCUAGAACACCGGGUGCGGGUGCUGAGCGUCGCCCGUCGGGGUCUCUGGCUCUACACCCACCCGCUCAUCAAGCUGCUCUUCCUGCCCCACCGCAGCCGGUGCAAGUUCUUCAGCCUGACGGAGACCCCUGAGGAUUACACGCUUAUGGUGGAUGAGGAGGGCUUUAAAGAGCUGCCCCCAUCUGAGUUUCUGCAAGUAGCGGAGGCCACAUGGCUGGUGCUGAACGUGUCGUCUCACAGCGGUGCGGCAGUGCAGGCUGCUGGGGUCACCAAGAUCGCCCGCUCGGUCAUCGCGCCACUGGCCGAGCACCACGUGUCUGUGCUGAUGCUGUCCACUUACCAGACGGACUUCAUCCUGGUGCGGGAGCAGGACCUGUCCGUAGUGAUCCACACGCUGGCCCAGGAGUUCGACAUUUACCGCGAGGCCGCAAUGGGGCAGGAGGACCCUGGCCAGUUCCUGGAUAGCAAGACCCGCCCCGGGCCCACGCCUCUCCCUGACUGGCCACCAGGGGGCGCCCCAGCCCACGGACACCUUUUCACCUGCUGCUGUCCUCCAGCAGGGCCCAGCCCCACGGUGCAUCCCAUCCAGAGCCCACAGAACCGCUUCUGUGUCCUCACACUGGACCCUGAGACGCUUCCAGCCAUCGCUACCACCCUCAUAGAUGUCCUCUUCUACUCACACAGCACCCCCAAGGAGGCAGCCUCUAGCAGUCCUGAACCCAGCUCCAUCACGUUCUUUGCCUUCUCCCUCAUCGAGGGUUAUAUCUCCAUUGUCAUGGAUGCUGAAACACAGAAAAAGUUCCCCAGUGACCUGCUGCUGACCAGCUCCUCAGGGGAGCUGUGGAGGAUGGUGCGCAUCGGCGGACAGCCCCUGGGCUUUGAUGAAUGUGGCAUCGUGGCGCAGAUCGCGGGUCCCCUGGCAGCUGCUGACAUCUCUGCCUACUACAUCAGCACCUUCAACUUCGACCACGCCCUGGUGCCCGAGGACGGUAUCGGCAGCGUCAUCGAGGUCCUCCAGCGGCGGCAGGAAGGACUGGCUUCCUGAGUCCCGUGGGGAACAGAGCAGCCACCCUGCUCUCCCCUUGACCCAGGCUUCCAAAGACUUCUCUAAAGCUAUUUCCUUAAGCUCUGGAAUGAGCCCCCUGUUCUGCCGGGGACUCUCGUUCCACUCUCUGUACGUAAGCUGCGUGCGGGCACCGGCUUUUACGCAGACACCUGUGUGCACUCGCAGGUGGAGUGGGCAGGUGCUAGCCUGACUGCAUGUCUGCCCACACAGGGGAACACGGUGCUUGGGGCUUAAGCCCCCAAACCAUCACUCCCUGCGCGGCCUCGGCGUUUGCACAGUCCCUGCCUGAGGCCCGAGCCAUCCCCCCAGCCUUCCUGGGCCAGCUGUCCCCCAGACAGGGCCCUGACCUCUGUUCUGCCUCUGGUGGGGUUGCCUUCCCUGGCCAGGUGAGUCCUGACAGUGCCUGUCCCUCCUGGGACCUCCGAGAAAAGUAUUUUGACAUCUCUCUCUUCUGUUUUUAUUGACUUGUUAAUAAAGGACUUUGUAGUGAC